AUGGCCACUUCUCGUAUUCUCACGUUUGAUCCUGAGGCCCCGAAGGAACCCGACCCCUUAGGUUCCUCCCCGUCGGACGAAGAGGAAGCUCGCUUUGAGAAGCUGCAGCUGGCGGCCAGCCGGUGGGCGGCGCGGGACGACGCCACAGUGCUCGCCAUCACCGAUCUCCUGCCCCUGACAGAGCAGCAGCACUUCGAGCAGGAGGUGACGGCCAAGGGCCUGUUUGAUGCUGUCGUCAAACGUUAUUCCACCCCAACCACUGCUUCCCUCGGUCGGCUUGUACUGCCCUUCCUAUUUCCUGACCUGCCCUCGUUUCACCGCGUCCCUGACCUUGUGCUGCACUUGCGCUCGCUUGAUGCCCAGCUCCGUUGUGCUGCCCCUGAUGAUGCCCUACUUGCCGCCAACCCCCCCCCGAUGUGGAUGACACUGAACCUGCUGUCCACCCGCCUCCCUGACCGUUUUGCUACAGCCCGUGACCACUUUCUCACUGUUAACCCCAUGUCCCUCACCAUUGACCUCUUUGAGAAGAGGCUCACUGCUGUUGAGGACCUUGCCCGUUCCCUUGCUGCUGCCUCCGGUACUGCCCUCCCCCCCAUCUUUGAGGGAUGUGCUCCGUCCUUCCUAGCUUCCCCUGUCGAUUCGGCGUCUGUUGCCACUGUACCAGAGGUGGCAGCCGUUGCCCUUGGCAACAAAGGGGGCAAGAAGGGGGGUAAGAAGGGAGGAGGUGGUGGCAGUGGUGGGGGUGGCGGAGGGGGCGGUGGUGGGGGUGGCGGAGGGGGCGGUGGUGGAGGUGGCGUAGGGGGUGGUGGUGGAGGAGGUGGAGGGGGUGGGAGUGGUGGAGGAGGGCGGAGGAGGAGGCAGUGGAGGUGGAGGUAG